CACACAUUCUCCACUGUGGCUGAUCGCUAGCAGGACACAUGCUGUUUGCCUCUGGGUGAAGUAGGUGAAGAGGAGUUUGUCUGAAAGCUGCUGACGGGGUCAACAGAGGUUGGACAGUGAGGAGACAUGAAAGCUGUGGUUGGACUGUUGCUGAUGCUGCUCCGAGUCUCUCAUGUUCCAGGUGUGGAAAUCUACUGUGACGGCAGACAGGAUGGAGCUCAGUGUUAUGGAGCUUUGGGAGGAACUGUGGUCCUCCGGCUGAUGGACAGCGCCUCAGAAAUAACUAAAUACCGAUGGAAAUUCAACACAACAGUAAUACUCAACGGGAAAACGAAUAGGAUUGACUCUAAUCUGAUAGCAAACAGAUCCGUCUUUACUCCCAGUAAUGGAACAUUUAGGAUCAAUGACCUGAGCAGGACUGAUGGUGGUGUAUAUACCCUAGAAACAUUUGAUUCCAGUGGAAAGAGUUUAGAGCCUCGGACUCUACAGUUGUUCAUUCAAGCUCCUGUGUCCUCUGUCCGGCUGGUCACUGAGUGUCUGUCCCAGGGAGAGAUGAGGGCGUCCUGCUCCUCUGAGGGAGGGGACAGUCCUCAGUACAGCUGGACUCUGGGUGGACGCACACUGACACACACUGAGCUCCUCUCUGGAAAUCAUGAGACUAACAACAUCACUCUGAAACAACACGUCUCAGGACGUCUGGUCUGCUCAGUCAAGAAUAAUGUCAGCCAUGUCUCCAAAGAGGAGACGAUAUCUAACUGUGGCUUCAUCUACAUUAAUUGCACCUCUAAUGGGACGCACAUAUCACAGUGGGUGUUUGCAGCCAAUAACACACUGUGUAUUGAGCCGACAACAGCCCCUACCACGGUCAGAGACACUACUGUGGGUAAGGAGACCAGUAUCACAGAGUCAAAUAAGCCCUCCAUUACUAUUACAUCCUCCAAUCAAACUGUGCCUCCCCCGAGCAGAAAUCACCCAUGGUACAUUACGAUUUUGCAGGCGAUGGCUGGUGCACUCGCAGCGCUGGUAAUUCUCUUGGUGGUCGGUGUAGCCGUCAUCUAUGCUCACAAGAAAAAGAAAAGCAACGAACCCCAAGAGGAAGCCGAUGAUCAGGAAUUAACCUAUGCGGAUGUCAGGAUCCUGCAGCGGCAGAGGGGGCAGGUGAAGCAGAGAGAGGAGGUGGAGGUGGAGUACGGCCAAGUCAAGUUUUCACAGCGAUCUCGGCAGCCUGUUGAGCCAACAGGAGAUAACUGUGUGUACGCCAUGGUCCGUAGGUGAUUUGAAGGGCUCAUUGUCUGGAGGACUUGAACCUUAAUUUAAUGUGAUUUCCCAUUAGGACAAUACAACCCAUGAAAGCGCACACAUAUUGUGGUUUUCUUUACUUCUACUGUACUCCUGGGUUGUGACUGGGUGUCAAAUGGGUGUCAAAAAAAUGAUUGAAUGUUUUUCUUUACAUGAAGUUCCCUUCUUGUUUUUACCUUUUCCCUUAAUUUAUGAGCAUAUUAACAUGUAUUUCAUAGUCAAAACACUGUAAACUUGCAAUGACAAUGAAAGAAAUUUGUCAUUACAGUGUAUUUAGUUUUGUUACUCUACAGUGAUACUGAACUGUCAUCUAUCGUAUUCUCUGAAUAGGCGUCAUCACUAUGUUUAUGUUGGUCAACCAUCUCUGUUUACAUGUGAUCUAAAAAGGCAACUUUUAACUUGAUGUCAAAGUGAAAGAGUUUGCAAUUACUUAAAUUAAAAUGUAUUUAUUAAAGAAAUGUGGAUAGAUUAGUUGAAGUAUAUUUAAUAUCCUCUGGUACAGUUUGCAUUGCAAAAUUACAUUUAUCAAAAGUUCGGUGCAGUUAACAUCAAACAAGACCGUGCUGUCUUCCCUUAAAUUUCUAGCCUAAAGAUAAGCUUGAAAGAAGAAGAAGGAAAUGUCUUGUCUCUCUGGAAGUUCAACAUAGCAAGUAUGUGGUUUGUGAUGUAAGCACUUCUGCUUUUUCUCAGGCACAAGCUGUCAGUCUUACAAAAUAGUUUAUCAGUUUCAGGGUGUGAUAUUUAAGAAAACCUCAUUACAGGGUGUUCAAACCAUUUGUGACAUUUAACAGUUUUACAUAUUCCUUUAAUGGAAUGAUAAGUUUGAGUGGGGUUGAGCAGUUUGAAUCACACUGCCUAUAUAAAGUCAGGGGUAGACUACAAGUUAGUUAACGUUUGUGUGUUAGUAGAUGGUAGUAGGUGUUGCCUGCAACUACAAUAUAUGCAGUUACUUCUGAAAUUUGAAAUGAUUACACUUACAAUGACCUAUUACUUAAUACAGUGAGUUAGCAGCAGUAUUGGAGAGACACGUUUUAAAAAAGUGUGUCUUCUUCUGGGGAGAACCAGAACAAAUAAAGUGCUGCUGUAGAUUUCAGUGAACUUGUUGUUAUAUUUGUACAGUGUGUAGUUCAAGAGGAACUUGAUGUUUUCUUAUCGUUUAACACCAUCAAGCUACAUUUCCUAUAUUUAGUUUGAUGUAAUCUCUAUUUCUCUGUGGCUUCCAGUUUAGAGUGUACCUGACAUGGAGAUAUCAGUGUUACUGAACAAUAGUAAGAUUUUAACUUUGUGAUGACUGAUUAAUUUUGAAUAAAUGUUGAAUUAUUUUAGACUCCAACUUUCAAGGCUGGAGGUGAAACAUUGUGGAUAUUCAUGCUAAUUAUUUGGAGUAAAUAGAAAAUCAGCGCUGUUGACUUAGAUGUUUUAUGUUUUAGUAUUAAUAGUCAGUCAUAAAUGUUUAUGAUUUAAAAAAUGUACAGCUAUUUGUCCAAAAUUAGAUGAAGCUACACACAACUGAGGGCUAGAUCAAGUAGAUUAAUAUGUCAUUUACAGCCAUUUUUAAUAGUGACACAUUCACAGAGCACAUUCAUGGGCAGGAUGUAAGCUCGUACAGGAGGAUUUCCGUAAGCUACCAGUAACUCUUCUGCUCAUUCACGAUUCAAAGGUUUUAUUGUAUGAACAUGUGACGGAUCAAAACUUUGAACCUUGAAUGAGCAGAGGUUGAUCACUACGUUCUCCUCAGCAUAAUUCCCUUCCUGAAAGGAGUGCUUUAAUCACAUAAAACAGCACAGCAUUACAUUCUUUCUGUCUAUCAGUAUGUCAGACUUCAACAGACAGCAAAGCACAAGAAAUUUAAUGUUUUCAAAAAUCCUGGAUUGAAAUAACUUGCACUGAAUAACUAUACUUAUUGUUGUUAAGUUGGUAUUUCUAAUGCUUGCAAUUAGCGAAUUGUUGGGCCUUAAGCCAGCAAGAAAAUCACCCUCUAUGGUUGCAAAUGGUUGUUAGAGACCCCAUCUGUUUCACUAAAAGGGUAAUGGCCAAGAGCUGGGUUGGAAUUGACCGUGUCGGUGUUAGAGCUAACGGUGGAAGGGUGGGGGGUGGUGCUGGAGUGGAUGUGAUGAGGGGCCCAAUUUGGAAAAUUUAGUCCCCCUCUGUCUUUUUUUUCAGUUCCUCUCUGUUGCAUACUUUUUCAAUACUUUGUCACUUCUGUUUUAAGCAUCCACUCAAUGGGGAUUUCCAGUCUUAAUCAUUUUUCUGUCUUUUUUUUUUUCUUUGGUAGUUAUGUCAACAUGCUGUGCUUUUAGUUGUUUAAUGUGGGUUUAAUUAAAGACAGGUUACAUGUUUGGUUUUAUUUGAUGGUUGGUUAAGGGUUUAAAGGUUGCCAACCAUGGACUUCUAUUCAGCUGAUUCACAGUGCCAUAAAAUUGGCAUUUAUGGCCCAAGAUAGCUGUAGUGUCCUUAAACAACCACCUGAGCUUCUUUUUUCAUUGAAACACAUCUGAACAUCUGACUGACAUAAUCUCCUGAGCAAAUGAUUGACAACACAGGAGAAGUGUAAUAAACCUGCUCCAGUGAUGCAGUAUCAUUUUGCCAUCUGAUCAGUCAGCCAGUUCUACUUUACUCAAUAUAAUAAUUGUGUGGGUAACAACUUGUUGAGCUUUGUUUCAGCUGUUCACCUUUUAAUAUGUGCAUUACAUAGUUUAUCCAAAGAGAUUAAGCUGCUGCACCUGAACUCUUGAUAGGUUUGGUUGAACCACAAUCGAACAUUUACUUUUUUCCUUAUAAAAACAAGGAGAUUUUAUCAUUGUCGUGACACAUUCAUGUGAUGUUACCAUGCCAUGCCAAAGCCAUUAAACUAUAAAACUAAGACUUUUGAUUGGUGCCAGUUCAAACAAACAUAAAUAUUGUUUGAUGCAGCACUCUUUUUUGUUUCAUAUUCAACAUGUGUACAGUACAGCUGAUUACUAUGCGACAGAAAUUAAAGAAAUGCAGUGUAGAAAGAUAUAAAACUUACUGUGAAAACAUCUGUCAUAAGCCAGGAGCUGAAUUAUUACACUGAAGUCCUGUAGUGAAGCAUAUUAAUAUAUACGUAUGGUGCAAAACUUUGGUAAUCUCAGGCCGUAAUUUCAUUAAAUGAAUACAUUAGUGGCCAGGUACUUUAUACCACUGGUGCGUGUCUUCAUUUGGGGCCUGAAGUUAUGAAUAAACUUGUCUCUUUUGAAAUGUUUCAGACAAUUGUGGUGCAGUGAAAGCAAAUAGACCCACAGCUGACUGAGUGUGGUUGGUGCUAAUGAACAGAAAAUAAUUUAACCUGAUCAAUAAACCUUGGUGCUUUCUUUUCUUUUUUUCUUCUUUACAAAAAUGUAUAGCAAAAGGUAUUUUACAAACAUCAAAACCACCAUAAACCUCAUCUUCAACAUAUGAAAACCCACAAAAAAUAAUUAAAGAACAAAUAAUAACAAGUGCUGAAAGAGAAAAGAGAGAAAUCCUUCAGUGCACACCCUAAUUGCAAAAACACAUGGGUUGCACAAGUUUGUGGUACAGAGGUUUAUUUUAAAACAGUUUUUGCACUCCUUGGUUGACUGGUUGGGACUAAAUUUGCAUUGCAACAUUUGUCAUUUUUCCUUCCGAUUCUUUAAAGUGACUUACAAACAGCAACAUGUGCAGGUGUGUUAACAUUUCUUACAUGUGUAAUACAUACUUAUUUUUCAAACAUACAUAAGGGAAGCACUGACUUUCCUCAGUUGAAAUCUUCUCACAGGUUCAUGAUUAAGCUGAAAGUCUGUGUUUAGCAGUAUAAUGACCAUAGAUUGUGAGUCGUGUGGUUGAACUAUCUACAGCUGUUUUUCAGGAUGUGGCUAAACACUGCCGUCUGAAUGUCUUAUUCCUUUUUAAACACAUUUCCUCUCAGGUCCUUGCUUUUACCACAAUGUUGCAAAAAGAUUUAGAAUGAAAUAAAAAAAAAUGACCCCA